GCGGCGGCGGCAGAGGCGGCGGAGCCUGAGCGGGGAUGUAGAGGCGGUGGCGCUGGCGGCAGCAGAGGCGGCGGCAGUGGCGACAGCAACGCCCGAGCCGAGCGCAGAGCACGGUCGAACCUUGCCCCCCGAAGCCGGGCCGUGCGCCCCCGCCCUGCCCAGCCUGCGCCCCGCCAUGCGUGCAGCCUGCUGAGUCCGGGCGCCUCCCGCUGCGCCCUCCGCCAGCCGCGCCGCGCUUCGCUCAGCUCCGCUCGGCUCGGGGGUGAUUAGUUGCUUUUUGUUGUUUUUUAAUUUGGGCCGCGGGGAGGGGGAGGAGGGGCAGGUGCGGCAGGCUCCCCCCCUCCCCGCCUUGGGCCAGCCGCGGCGGCGUGACUCGGGCUCGGGACCCCGCGGGCGGGCGGCUGGAGCGGAGCGCACGGCGGCGGCGGCGGUGCCCAGAGCGGAGCGCAGCUCCCCGCCCCGCCCCUCCCCCUCGGCCUCGCGGCAGCGGCGACGGCGGCGGCUCGGAGGACUCCGCGAGCCGGAUGACUCAGAUGGACCGAGAUAAGAGACCCCUGACUACGACUUCCUGACCAGUACUAGUGAUUGGAGGAUUAGAUGCUUGACAGUCCAGACAGAAGAAGGGUCAGAGCUGAGAGUGAAGACCUUUCCACGUGGACACCUGACCAACCAUGUGUCUGCUCUGAGGAGAAAGCCCCACCAGGCAUCUCUGCUGUGGGCAGCAGGGCCCAGAGCUCGUGGGUGGAUCUCCCCACGGUUGGCAGGCUCCUCCAGUGGUGAGCUUUGGGCCUUGGCUCCACCAUGUCGAGCCUGGGCAGUGCCCCCCAGGAUACCAGCGGUGGCAGCAGCAGCAGCAAUGCCAAUGGUGGCAGUGGCUCGAAGGCAGGGGCAGCAGACAAGAGUGCAGCGGUGGCCAUGGCUGCCCCAGCCUCAGUGGCAGAUGAUGGGCCACCCCCCGAACGCCGGAAUAAGAGCGGCAUCAUCAGCGAACCCCUCAACAAGAGCCUGCGUCGCUCCCGCCCUCUCUCCCACUACUCCUCCUUUGGGGGCAGUGGGGGCAGUGGCAGCAUGACGGGCGGGGAGUCUGCUGAAAAGGCUGCUGCAGCUGCAGCUGCGGCCUCCCUCCUGGUCAAUGGGCACGACCUGGCGGCGGCCAUGGCGGUGGACAAAAGCAACCCUACCUCAAAGCACAAAAGCGGUGCUGUGGCCAGCCUGCUGAGCAAGGCAGAGCGGGCCUCGGAGCUGGCAGCCGAGGGACAGCUGACGCUGCAGCAGUUCGCACAGUCCACGGAGAUGCUGAAGCGCGUGGUACAGGAGCACCUGCCGCUUAUGAGCGAAGCGGCCGCCGGCCUGCCUGACAUGGAGGCUGUGGCGGGUGCCGAGGCCCUCAAUGGCCAGUCCGACUUCCCCUACCUGGGCGCCUUCCCCAUCAACCCGGGCCUCUUCAUCAUGACCCCAGCGGGCGUGUUCCUGGCCGAGAGUGCGCUGCACAUGGCCGGUUUGGCCGAGUACCCCAUGCAGGGUGAGCUGGCUUCUGCCAUCAGCUCCGGCAAGAAGAAGCGGAAACGCUGCGGCAUGUGUGCGCCCUGCCGGAGGCGCAUCAACUGCGAGCAGUGCAGCAGUUGUAGGAACCGAAAGACUGGCCAUCAGAUUUGCAAAUUCAGAAAAUGUGAGGAACUCAAAAAGAAGCCUUCCGCUGCUCUGGAGAAGGUGAUGCUUCCGACGGGAGCUGCCUUCCGGUGGUUUCAGUGACGGCGGCGGGAACCCAAAGCUGCCCUCUCCGUGCAAUGUCACUGCUCGUGUGGUCUCCGGCAAGGGAUUCGGGCGAAGACAAACGGACGCACCAGUCUUUAGAACCAAAAAUAUUCUCUCACAGAUUUCAUUCCUGUUUUUAUAUAUAUAUUUUUUGUUGUCGUUUUAACAUCUCUACGUCCCUAGUAUAAAAAAAGGAAAAAGAAAAGAAAAAAAAAAGUAACUGCUUUUUCGGAAGAGCAACAACCUAAAAAGAGGUAAAGACGAAUCUAUAAAGUACCGAGACUUCCUGGGCAAAAGAAUGGACAAUCAGUUUCCUUCCUGUGUCGAUGUCGAUGUUGUCUGUGCAGGAAAUGCAGUUUUUGUGUAGAGAAUGUAAAUUUUCUGUAACCUUUUGAAAUCUAGUUACUAAUAAGCACUACUGUAAUUUAGCACAGUUUAACUCCACCCUCAUUUAAACUUCCUUUGAUUCUUUCUGACCAUGAAAUAGUGCAUAGUUUGCCUGGAGAAUCCACUCAUGUUUCUAAGAGGAUGUUGAUGGCACCAUACGAAGCCCCUCUAUGUCCAUCCACGCAAGUGCAGAGCCAACAAGAGGGGCUUAGGGGGGCGGGUUAGUAGCCCAUCCACCCCAGACCCAGGCCAGUCAUACUGUACCCAGAGUCCCCCCCAGAAUGGGACAAAUCCCCCCCACACACACACACACACCCCAAAAGUGAUGAUUUUGCAAAAAUGGAAGUUCUGUUUCUUUGUCCUUUGAGCUCUGGGGAGCCUAUGUCUCAAUAUUUCUCAUCCUGGCUACUUCCCUUAGAAAAAACAAGUCCCUGUUUUUUCUGGCCUUGCCAAUGGCGACAGAAGAAAGGGCUUCUCUGCGUGCCCCCCCCUGCCAAUGGGGGUGGGUGCCCUGGGGGCCCCCUGCGGCCUGGGCCCCCUUGGCCACGGCCAGCUUCCUGCUGAUGAACAUGCUGUUUGUAUUGUUUUAGGAAACCAGGCUGUUUUGUGAAUAAAACGAAUGCAUGUUUGUGUCACGAA